CAUUUUCAUUCGAUCAUGCUAUCCCUUAGGAAGUCUCUAUCAGCAGCUCUAAAUUUACACAUACGAUCUCCAAUGAUCCUCCAGAAAUCAGAAACCAUUAGGAAAGACGUUGCAUUUGUGAGGCCAAAUCAAAAGACCUUGUUGUCCAUCUUUAUGUUGACUAAUAAGUGAUUAGUUUCGUCUUAGAUUUCGAAUUCUACAGUUAUUUCAAACUCUUAGCUUAAACCAACUAUAUAAACUGUCUCCACCUUCUAAUCAUCAAAUGUAUUCUAGUUCAUCACAAUUACAAAGUGUUUAGUAUUUUUCUGUUGGAGCCAAGUUAGCUAUAGAAUGGUGGCUAUGGCUAGCUUCAACAACUUGGCUCUUCUCGCUCUUGCUCUUGUUCUCUCUGUGCAAGGCACUCUUGGAGAAAUAACAUGUGAGAAGCUUGAUCAAGAAACAUGUUCAUAUGCAAUCUCAUCAACUGGAAAACGGUGCGUAUUGGAGACGCAUAUGAAAAGAAGUGGAGAGGAAUCAUAUACAUGUCGUACAUCUGAAAUCGAAGCUGAUAAGUUGAGAAAUUGGGUUGAAACUGAUGAAUGCAUUAAAGCAUGUGGUUUGGACAGAAAAUCAUUAGGAAUUUCAUCUGAUUCUCUCAUUGAAUCUGAUUUCACUAAGCAACUAUGCUCUCCUCAGUGUUAUGAUAGCUGCCCUAACAUUGUUGAUCUUUACUUCAAUCUUGCUGCCGGUGAAGGUGUGUUUCUGCCUAGGCUUUGCGAAACAACAAAAAAAGCAAAUGAAAGGAGAGGAUUGAUGACUGAUAUUCAUAGCUCAAGUUUGGCUGUAUCAGCUCCAAUUCCUAAAGUGAAGAACACAUUUCUUCCAGUAUAUGCACCAACGCCUUCACCAACACCAGCACCACCAAUGCCACCACCGCCGCCACCGCCGCCCGUUUAUUAGGAAUUUCUUGGCGGAAACAUGAAAUUAAGAAGCAUCAAACUAAACUAUAUGUGUGUGUACUUUGGGGCAUAAGUUCUACGGAUAAAUAAUAUAGAAGGUAUGAAUAUUUUAUUAAGGAGCGAGCCAGCUUCAUUGCUACUUCGGCUUGCAACUAUGUGUUCUGUCUAUUAUGUGAAAUCAAUAUUUACUAGAUUGAUUUAAUAUGAUUGUAUGUUUGUAUUAUGAUGUGAUUACCAUCAAAUAAUAAAAAAUAUUUGUUUUUAA